UCAGCUGGCGCCGCAUAUUCAGUUCCUGGUCGGCGUUGCACGUUAACGGUACCAAGCGGAGCGCAGCCAACGCUGCACCGAACCGAACCGUAUCAAGUCGAAUCGAGUCAACCAACAAGUGACGUGUUAUUUCUUUUCGAAACCGAAAGUGUUAACAGCACCAAUUUAGGCGCGCGUUAAUUCAAACAGAUAUUCAACCAAAUACAGAAAAUAAAAAAGCGGAAAAACAAAACAAAACAAAAGCAAAAACAAAAUCAAAAUUAAAGCUCAACAUUUGAUUACUUAAGGAGUCUUAUUGGCCAUUUGCAUGCGCGACACCUGCGCUGAUUGAUAUUCAUUAUUUAAUUCAAGUCUUGCAAAAGCGCGUAACUUCCGGUAAUUUUGCGUCGUAAAAUGUUUGCCACCAAUAUCCGCCGGGCUGUCGUCAACGUAAUGAACCUGGCCGAAAGGCAUUGAGGCCACAGAAGGACUUCGUGUGCAGACAUUUGCGUCCCUUGCAUUCUCGGCGCGUCUCCUUGCAGCGACGCCUAUUUCCGCCGCAUUUUGCAAUUUGAAUUGGCACGUGAAAGCUGUUUCCCCAAUCGCAUAUGCUACGGCUAAUUACUAUGCAACAACAACAACAACACCAGCACCAGCACCAGCACCAGCACAAGCAACAACAACAACAUCGGCUGGUUAAAUCCAAGUAAAGCAGAGGCAAAUCCACACUACGACCAUGGAGGAGGACGUUUAUGCAACGCUCAACUACAGCGACAGCGACAGCACCGCCGAAGAUGGCGCCGAGGAUGAGGAUGGCUGGAACACGCUGGAUAUGAGUGUUGAGCAGCUGGAGCAUCUGCUGCUCUGGCAGCUGCCCGAUUCGGGCAACAGCACCAGCAAACAGACGUUGGCCAAUUGGAGCUUCAGCAAUGAAACCGCAAUGCCCAGUCCAACCCCCGCCCAGUCGCCCUUCGACACCAACAACUAUUGGGCCCUGCUCGCCCUGGUGCUGGUGUUUGGCACGGCAGCGGGCAAUAUCCUCGUCUGUUUGGCCAUUGCCUGGGAACGUCGAUUGCAGAAUGUGACAAACUAUUUUCUGAUGUCGCUGGCCAUCACGGAUCUGAUGGUCGCCGUGCUCGUCAUGCCCCUGGGCAUCCUCACCCUGGUCAAAGGCCACUUUCCACUGAGCUCGGAGCACUGCCUGACCUGGAUCUGCCUGGAUGUGCUGUUCUGUACGGCCAGCAUAAUGCAUCUGUGCACGAUAUCCGUGGAUCGGUAUCUGUCGCUCCGCUAUCCAAUGCGCUUCGGACGCAACAAAACCAGACGCCGCGUCACGCUCAAGAUUGUCUUUGUGUGGCUGCUGAGCAUCGCCAUGAGUCUGCCGCUCAGCCUGAUGUACUCGAAGGAUCAUGCCUCGGUGCUGGUGAAUGGCACUUGUCAGAUACCGGAUCCGGUCUACAAGCUGGUCGGCUCCAUUGUCUGCUUCUAUAUACCGCUGGGCGUGAUGCUGCUCACCUACUGCCUCACCGUCCGACUCCUGGCCAGGCAGCGACAAAACUUGGGCGGCGGCCAGCCCACAUCGGCGGUCACGCCCGGCUGGGCCAGCGGCUGGCUGGGCCAGGCGCCAGCCUUGGAGCGUCGCUGCACUUGGCGCCGAUUGUUGAAACCGGGCCAGAGCCACGCCUCAACGGUGCUACACGCCCACUCUGCUAAUUCGACGGACACGGAUCUCAGCACACUGGACAAUCACGAGCUCUGGCUGCCCGACUCCAGCAUACCCGAACCCACGCCCACGACAAUGACGGCGCUGCAUCAGUUUGGAGCGGAGAUGUUGAAGCUAUCGCGUGGCCUGGAAUCUGUUGCCUCGUCCUCAACAACCGGCUCGCCCACAAAAUCCGAAUUUUCCAUCUCAAACAAUUUACCCUACUCCAGCAGCCCGCAGCGCUUUUCGACGCAUCAGCAGCAACAGCAGCAUAAUCAGCAGCAGCAGCAGCAGCAACAGCAGCAGCAUCAGCAGCACUUGCAACAUGCUCACGGAAGCAGCUACCUGCAACAAACGUCGCCCAAGGGCAAGCAGAGCAGCAACAUUCUGGGCCUGUCCAGCACAACGCUCGGUCUGGAGCGCGAGAGCACGCGCAACUCCUUGGCCAGCAGCCGCAUGGGCGAGCAGAGCGAUGGCACACUUUCCCAACUGUCGCAAAGACUGCGCGCGUACAAGAAGCGCAGGCGCGCUUCUUCGGCAGCUUCUGGGCGUGAGCGACGCGCUGGCAGCGAAGAUGCCGAGGAUGAGGAUCAGGACACGCUACGACGGUGCAAGCGUUACAAUAGCCUGCCCAAAAAUGCGCUCUACACGCACCACAAGACGCUGCACGAGAGCCAGGACGACGAUGACAACGAGGCGGCGGGUGCAGAGCCGGAGGACGACGACGAAAGACUAGACACGCAAGCAGCUAAAACAUCAAAAUCUUCGUCCAUGAGCAAGAGCUGCCACUCCGACACGGAGGUGGAGCCACAACAAGGCAAACUAUAUCACGUACCAAGCAGCUCCAAUCAUCAGUCGGACUACCCGCAGCUGCCGUCGGUGUGCACCUGCCCCUACUUCGGAGAUCGCCCGCUGCAGAGCUGUGUGAAAACGGCCGAGGUGAAGAUCAUAUCCUCCGCCUUCAAGGUCACCACCGUGACGACAGCAACGGCCGUGAGCAGCUCGCCCAGCGAAAUGGACCUGCUGCUCUGCAGCGCCAGCAACAACAAGAGCGCGCUCACCGGCAGCGUGAGUGUGGGAGCGGCAGCAGCAGCUGUUCCCGGCGGUGGAGUUGGUGGUGCGUCGGCGAACACCUUGUCGCCCAACUCGGCCCAUCAGACGCCGGGCAGCUGCCUGACGGUGCACAGUGAUGGCAGCGGCUUUCUGGCCGCGCCGGGUACACCCUGUCCCGGCCGGCGUAAGUUGAGCAUCUCAAAGACAGCAUCGGUGGUCACGUGGGACUCGAGUCGGCAUCGUCGGCGUGGCAGCAGCUUUGGCGGUGCACGCACCUCACUGCUGCUAACCCCCACCAAGACGGCGUCCAGCACGGCAACAACCACAACAACAACGACACCGUUACGCCGCUCUGCCACACUGCGGAGCCACCAGAACAUGAACUACCAGGGCGGAGGAGAGGGCGGCAAGUCGCGGACGCCGCAUUCGUCGCCCUGCCUGCUGCAGCGCCAGCAAACGGUUCGCUCUCAUCAUUCGCGCAACUCGAGCGUCAUCUCGCGCAACUCGUCGCGGCACGGUCGCAUCAUACGGCUGGAGCAGAAGGCCACGAAGGUGCUGGGCGUGGUGUUCUUCACGUUUGUCAUUCUCUGGUCGCCGUUCUUUGUGCUCAACCUGUUGCCAACGGUGUGCGCGGAGUGCGAGGAGCGCAUCAGCCACUGGGUGUUCGAUGUGGUCACCUGGCUGGGCUAUGCCAGCUCCAUGGUGAAUCCCAUAUUCUACACGAUCUUCAACAAGGUGUUUAGGCAGGCCUUCAAGAAGGUGCUGCUCUGCCGCUACUCGAACAACAGCGCCUGGAGGCCCAGCAGAUAGCAGACGCCGGUGAAGCCCGGUAAGCUCAAGGCAAACGCCAAUCCUCUGACAAAUCUCAAACCGCCGCCUAUCAAAUGCACCGGCGUGGACUUUGCCGAUGCCAGGACACUCGCUCCACGUCCAGCCUCAAGCCUGCUCAAGGCGCAAUCGAACAGCGAUUCGACGACCAAUCUCUGAGCGGAGCAGCUCGAAAUUUCGGCAAGCAUCCACAGACCACACGGCACGCACAGCCCGGCCACGGCUCCGAAUCGUGUGUGUGAAUGUGUAUUGAGGCUUAAGUCUCUAAUUAAUUUCAAAUUCAAUUUGCACAGCCAUUGAGCACAUUUGCCGGACAAACCGAAACCAGACAACUGCUGCUUGUUAACCCACCCGAUGGAACAACCACCUAACCGCCAAACAUCCCACUCGCAUUCGUGCCGAGUCCAGCCAGCUGGUCAGCUUUGCCGCCGCAGGCAUCUAGUUCUCUAAUUGUGGUGCUCAAGGUGUAUUAAGUUUGUCUGCUCAAUGCCACGCCCCACAGCGCCUCCAUCUCCGCCCUGUGGCUCGGCAAUUCCAUUAUGGGAUUAUUAAACGAAGCAUAGCAGAUUUUGCAAAUGUGCGUCAAAGGCAUUCCAAGGCGGAAAAUGCAAAGAAUCUGUAUUUUCCUGCUUCUAUCAAGCAUGGGGUAGCCCCGAGGCUGAUUAUGUGCAUGCUGCUGAAACUAUGGAAUAAUAGAGGGCAGUUUAGUUAAAAACAAACUAAAGUCGGUAUUCAAGUUUGUUAAUAUAGCUAGAAUAAGCUCUUCAAGUAGCCAAGAGUGUGAUCUUAACUUGUAAUAAACUGUUUACACAGCUAAUAUCAGAGCGUUGGCACUUCCUAUGUAAACGAAAAUCAAAUUAAAUAACAUUUUAAAUACUUUACAUUCCAAUGUUCUUCGUCGACGUGGCCUGUGCAUUAAAUUAACGUUGCCGGAUCACUAACACUUACAGCAAGCUGAGCUAUUCAAGCUAAGGCUUGGACAGGCACAUCAAUAUUUUGGGCUUUAGGCCUUAUAUUUUCAUGGCGUUAAAUUGUUUUUUAAGCCAUCAAAUUCGAUUGCAUAUUGCCUGGCGCUGUUUAAGUCCAUAAAUAAAUGCGCCAAACUGUCUCCUGCAGUUGUUGUUGUCGCUACAAAUUUGAUUAAGUCAAUUGCAAUCAAUAUAAGCCGAACUUUCGUUUAUUUGUUUAUUUGGCGAUUUUCACAAUUAAACGUUUAAUUUAUGGCAAAUUUUCGGGCCGCAAAUGCGAGAGACCUGCCAAAUUCACGUACGCAAUGUCUAUAAAAGCGCUUUUCUUGUUGUUGUUGUUGUUGACGUUGCUCUUGUUAUUGUAUUAGUUGUUGCUGUUGCUGUUGUUGUUGCUGGCAUUGAACAGAUUGCCAUUUUUAUUUGAAAAGUUGAUUCAUUCGGUUUUAUUUUCUGUGGCAAAAUGAAAAAUGUUCAGCUGGUCACGUAAAUGGCGCCCCGGCAAGAGGCUACUGCCAGGUCUUGAGGAAGCUGAAACAGCUGCUUGAGGCUGGCACAUCAAACAGCAACAACAGCAAUCAGCAGCAGCCAUAAUGAAAGCUAUUUGGCUCAGAAAGUUUCAAUGUGGACCAAGUUUAAAGCGUAAUUUUGUGAUGUGGCUACAAAGUAAGCGACAAAUUCGCAGCAGAAUCAGAGUGAGAGGGGAGCGAGGCCUGCCAGGCAGAAGGAGCAGGUAAUGGUGCCAUUAGUAGCACCUACUCACUAAGAGCUCGAAGAACACUUUGCAGCGCGCGCCUCAAACAUUUUUAGUAUUUUCUCUUUCCCUUUUUUUUUCGACACACUGGCAGAUGGAGAGGUUGACAAAUUCUUAACGGAGACAACAGACGAGAGCGACAGCAGCGAAACGCGACACUUUUGAGAAUUUAUGGCCGUUUGAUGGCCAGAGGAAAUAUUUUAGCUCACUUCAUUGACGCCGAGUCUGUCUCCGGCUAGCUUAGGACUUGGGUCGCUGAUAGGCCGGGCCUAAGUGUCGCACGCCGUUGAAACUUCAUUGAACUUUAAUAGCCUGGCCGCAGGGCAAACAGCAGAGAAAGACGAAGAGAAAUGAGCGCAAUGGCGGCAAUUUCCGUUUCCGUUCAACGCUCGCCUAACAUAUGUUGCCUUUUAAGGAACUAAAGUAUAAAAGCACCAACAACAACAAAAUAAAGUCACUCUUACUUAGCUCAGACAGGGUCUAUCAAGAACUGAUGUACUUGCCCUUCCGAUCCUUGACUUAAACUCAAAGUAUAUUAAAAUUAUUGAAUUAAAAACAUAAUGAAUGCAAAUCUGAAAGCAAAAACCCAUUUGAAAUAAGCUAAGCAAAUACGAAUUUAAAUUUCAUAAAUGUAAACUGCAAUCACAAGGUAAAUGUUAACCAAAUUAAAUGAAUGUAUUUAUUUAUUACUAAGUAGUUAAUUAAAGUGUAUAUAUACUGAAUACGCACUGUAUUUAGUUCGGAUAUACUACUAAAGGGGAGAGCAUUGUCACAAAACGCUUUUAACGAAUAGCUAAGCUAAGCGAAAAGCAUUGCACAAAUGCAAUCCAGCUAAGCACUGUAUUAGAAAAUGUACUUAAAUGCAUUAGUUUAACUGUAAGUAGUUGUGCGGUAGGCACUGUGAAUGUCCAAGUUUAGGAAACGAUUGCUGUAUAUACAAUAUACGACAAAAACUUGAAAUAUAAGUUAAUGUAACACUGUCACAUACACAAACACACACAGACACAAUAAGACCCAUAGGGUGUGCUAAGUAAAUAAAACUCUACAUACAUAUACCCAACUAGCUAUGAUCUGAUUAGUGUAAAAUUAGUUUAGCUAUUGAAUCAACUUAUCAAUGUACUCUGAGUACUAGUAGAACCCAUUAGAAAUGAAUGACGCAUUAUCGACAGAGCAAAUCUUCUUGUUUCCCAUUAAAAACUGAAUCGAAUUUAACGGAAAGAACUCUUUAAAUGGAUUCGAUAAUCAGAAAAAAAAAAAAAAAAACAGCCACACAAGUAUUAUAACUCAACAUAAAAGAAUCCGAAGCAUAAUUAAGAUUCCGAAUGACAUAUCUCUGUGCGUUAUUGUUUGAUGUAUGUACAUAUAUACAAAUAUUAGUAGUAUAUUGAAAUAUAUAUUAGAAUUAGCUGCAACCCAGUCAAAGACACUAAAAUCUAAAACCAUAUACAUAUAUUAAGAUAUCAAAUAAAAUAUAUACAUAUAUGUUUAACAUAUACUGGCGAUCAUGUUUGAUGUUUGACUAAAUGUUAACCUACAUAUGUGUGUGUGUCUGAGAAGCCUUUUAAGACUUCUAUAUUAAAUGUGCAUUCUAUCGAACAAUAU